AUGACGAAUAUUGAACUGCCAGAUGGCAGUGAGACAAAUCUGAGCAGUGAGAAGGAUGCACCCACCCCUGUAACAAGAGUUGCAUCUCUUGGAUCAACGCCAGCUAAUGGGACUCGGAAGCCUAAAAAAGAUCUUAUUCUUAUGAAAGAGAAAAAGAAGCAGAAGGCACUGGAGAAGGAGAUUCGUGCAUUAGUGAGAGAGCGUGGAGAGCAGGAUAAAAAACUUCAGGCUCUGGAUGAGGAUUUUGUAAAGAUUGAGGCAAAGCUGAGUGCUGCAGUUCAGGAGAAAACAUCUCUUUCGGCAAAUGUUGCAUGCCUAAAAAAACAGCUUCUGGAACUGACUAGAACCAACGAGCUCCUCAAGUCAAAGCUAUCUGAAGAUGGCAUGCAGAAGAAAAUGAGCAGCCUAUGCAUGGAGUUAAUGAAGCUCAGAAACAAGAGGGAUGCUAAGGAAAAGACCGCACUUGCAAAGCAGGAAAACGCGGAGAUGAAACUGCAGGAAGUACAAAAGAAUCUAGAGCAUUCAAAAGGAAAAGUAGCACGAUUAGAAGAAAAACUGUCUGCUACUGAGAAAGUUGAAAAGUCUGACACUGAAAAACUCCUGGAAUACAUCACAGAGCUCAGUAGUGCUGCAGAAACAGUUGAGAAAUACAAACUAGAGGUUGCCCAGAUGGAGGAGACACUGAUAAAGAAAGACCAAGAUAUUGACAUCCUGAGGGAUAUCCUCGAAACAAAAGAGAAAGAAUCAUUUAAACUGGUAAAAGAACUUAAUGAAAGGUGUCAGUUGCUUCAACAAGAAAAAGAGAAAGAGUUGUCUGAGACAAGAGGAAAACUCCUGAAUAUGAAUGCUGAAAUAGAAGACCUGAAAAAAAAAUUUGACUUAAAAGAACAGGAACACCAAAACCUGCUUCAGAAACAUGACGAGAUGGUCUCUCAGCUGCAGCAAGAGAAGGAGUCAUCUGCAUCAACGCUUCAGAAGUUAUUAGAAUUUCGAGAUGAGGUAACAAGGGAGAGACGUCUUCUUGAAGAAGAGCUGAAUGAUACAAUGAAUGAGCUGAAUAAAUUGCAUGCGAAAGAGAAGAAAGCUGCGAAGUUGGUGAAGCGAUUGGAACAAGAAAUCAAAUCUCAAGCUCUUGAACUUGCGCAGAUGGAAGGGGAGUUGAAAGGGAAGAAUGCUGAGUUGGAGCAAAUCAAUGGAAUGCACCGCAAUGCUGUUCUGCAAAUCCAAGAAGAGCUUAGCAAUACCUUGUGGAAACUUGGGGAGACUGUUGCUGAGUUUGAGAGCUACAAGAAGACAACAGCUGAAGAAAUACGCAGUCUUAAACUGGAGAACACCUCUCUGCAAGAAGAAGUUGUCAAUCUAAAAAAAAUAGGCCAAGAUAAUCUACAGCUGCUUCAGGAAGCGGAAUACACCAAAAACAAAGCAAAAGAAGAAUGUGCAAGGAUGCUUUUAGAAGUCCAGGCAAAGCUUGCACUAAAAGAAGCGGAAACAGAGAAAACGAAAGAGUCUUGCCUUGCACAAAUGACUAAGCUUCAGGAAAAACUGGAAGAACAAAUUGAAGAUCUGAAAAGAAAACUCGCCAUGGAGAGAUCAAGGAAAACUGUAAAUGAAGAUGUGACCUCUAGCUUAAAAGAAGAGAUAAAGACCUGGCGUAAUCUGUAUGAAGAUUUACAUAACAAAACUAAGCCUUUUCAGCAACAACUAGAUGCAUUUGAAGCAGAGAAGAAUAUGCUCUUAAAUGAGCACGGUGCAGCCCAAGAAGAACUGAAUAAACUAAGUGAUGCAUAUGCUAAACUACUCGGCCACCAGAACCAGAAGCAAAAAAUCAAGCAUGUUAUGAAGUUGAAGGAAGAGAAUACCCACCUGAAGCAGGAUGUCUCAAAACUGCGUGCAUUGCUAGCAAAAGAAAAGCAAAUCAACAGAAAUCUUCAGGAGCAACUAUAUGCAAUUCAUGGCAUUAGGCGUUUUGAUCCUUCCGAAGCUUUCCAGCAUGAUAGCAAGGAAAAUAUUCCUCCAAAAACUCCUUUUAAAGAAGGUAAUAAAAACAAAAUUUAA